GGCGAGAGAGAAAGAGCGAGAAAGAGGGAGAGGGGGAGAGAGAGAGAGAGAGGGAGAGGACGACAGAGAGAAAGGUUGUAAACGAUUAUCAAGUAGUAACGAGAUUUCUCGCGGAGCGGACGAUUUAGGAUGAUCAGGGAGACGAGGGAGUUGAAUCGGACGUGAGCUGCGUCUCUUGGCUAUUUUUUCUCACACUCGAGCGCGACAACGUCGGGAGGUACAUACACCGCCGCCGUGGGUGUCGUAAGUGGCACGAGCAGCCCCGUCCGAGUCCAAACCCCCAAGUCCUCCUCUAUCCGCGCGUCCGGGAACACAGACUUUGAUGAAUGUCUGAGAGUGACUACGACUCAGCGAACGAGUACACAAGCCUGAUGGACGGUCACGUCGCGGAGUCUCGCACGGACGACCUGAUCCUGGGCAAUGACCGUCGGAAGGGCCGCUCCAGAAGUGCCAACGAAGAGGUGGAGAAUGGGGUUCCCGAGGUACAUAUCGAGACGCCGGGCACGGCUGUCGCGCGCUCCAACAGACGUGGCACGUCCGGCAGCAAUAAUCAAAACAGGCUGAGGCACUACAGAGACGAGGAGGAGGAGGAGCUCAAGUACGGCGCGGCGCAUGUGAUCAAGCUCUUCGUUCCCGUCUCGCUGUGCAUGCUGGUCGUGGUCGCCACGAUAAGCUCAGUCAACUUCUACACGACCAAGGGAAUGUACUUAGUAUACACUCCAUUUCACGAGGACAGCUCCGACACGAGUACCAAAGUCUGGCAGGCGUUCGCCAACUCGCUGAUUCUCAUGAGCGUUAUUGUGUUUAUGACUGUGAUACUUAUCAUCCUUUACAAAUACAGAUUUUACAAAGUCAUACACGGCUGGCUGAUCAUAAGCUCUCUGCUGUUGCUGUCAAUGUUUUCCGUUCUGUACUGCGAGCAAGUGCUGAAAGCUUAUAACAUUCCAAUGGAUUUAUUCACGUUAAGUAUAGGCUUAUGGAAUUUCGGUGUAGUCGGGAUGAUUUGUAUCCACUGGCAGGGUCCGUUGCAGCUUCAACAGGCGUAUCUGAUCUUUAUCUCCGCCCUGAUGGCGCUUGUUUUCAUUAAGUAUUUACCCGAGUGGACGGCAUGGGUUGUGCUCGGCGUUAUAAGUAUUUGGGACUUGAUUGCGGUUUUAACGCCGAAAGGCCCACUAAGGAUACUGGUCGAAACGGCGCAGGAGCGAAACGAAUCUAUCUUCCCUGCUUUAAUAUAUUCUUCCACCAUCCUGUAUUCGUUUACCGUCACUUACGCUGGAUAUGUGCAGGCGGCUACAAUGGCGUCCGGAGACACCGCGGCGUCUCCCACGCGUGGCCAGGCGGACAAUCAAAAUAAUCAAGCGUCGGGCGAUGCAGAAGAGGGAGGCUUCACUCCUGAAUGGGUGGAGACGCACGACGAGCGUAGCACGAGGCGCGCCCAGGAAGUGCGCGAGAACUCGUCCGCGUUGAGGGAAGACGCGAGGCAGCAGGAGAGCCGUCCGCGAGAGUCGCAGGGACAAGCGGCGGUCGCCGAGGAGGAACGCGGGGUUAAGCUGGGCCUCGGGGACUUCAUAUUUUACAGCGUGCUCGUCGGAAAGGCGUCCAGCUAUGGAGACUGGAACACCACGUUGGCUUGCUUCGUCGCUAUUCUUAUUGGCCUCUGUUUGACGCUGCUGUUGCUGGCCAUAUUCAAGAAAGCGCUGCCCGCGUUGCCGAUUUCCAUCACGUUCGGUUUAACGUUUUAUUUUGCCACGAGGGUGAUUGUCGCGCCGUUUGCCGAUAGUUUAGCGAGCGAACAAGUGUUCAUUUAAAUCGAGGUAUGACAAAACCCCAUCCUAUUAUUUAACAUAAUUUAUUUGAAAAAUCGAGUACUCGAGGGGACAAUGCCCAUUUAUUUACCUGCGUUUGGUGUCUCUCGUGUCAUCGUUCAUUUCCGUAUUUUCUCGCGAGCUCGGUCUUUUAAACUCGGUUCCGUGAAUUUUUUUCGGGCCCCGAAACAAAUCAAGACGAAAAGUACCUUCAGAUGUUUAUCGGAGAAGCAGGUGUAUAGAGUGUGUGUUACAUGUGCGUGUAUGUAUGUGCGUCGCUCAGAAAAGGAAAAUCAUUUAAAUUUCUAACAUAGCGGGAUAGAAUUAGAGAACGAUAAAGGAUGUCAUUAUUUAGUAUUUUUCUAUGCGAAGCGAAUUCACGAAAGCGCGCCUGCGUUUCGCGAGAACCAGACGAGCACAUCUCGUCGCGGCGAUAUGUGAUACACAAGCGGGAAAAUGCGCUGCAUUAUAACAAUUUAUUGUACUCCAUUGUUACACUUAUGGAACAUGUAUAGGUCUCGUAGAUUCGUGUAUAAAAAAAGCGGAUAACGAUGGUGAAUCGUAUGAAACGCGAGGUAAUGUCCGUUUCGAAGUAAGUAAUAACUGCCUCGUAAUACACGUCUCGAUUAGUGUUCGCAGUCACGCACCACUGAAUGGUGUCGUUGCUCUAGAGCGCCGGGUUUUGCUAUCGCUAAUUAUCAGUUAUCAGCCAGGAUGAAUCUGCGGGGGUUUCUCGAGUCCGGGCUACACACAGCCGUGGAAUAAAUACCUUUUUUUUUCCUCCCCCUCGUACUACUGAAAAGCAUAUUUAUCGUACGUGUGGCGCUUAGCAUUCUUUUUUUUAUAUAGAUUUUAUUUUAACGUACUAAAUAUAACAGCGUUUUCUCG